AUGGUUGAUCGACUCUUAUUUGUGCAGUUUGGUCCAGAGGUUAAAUGCAACUGUGGUGCAGCAAAUUGUCAAGGCUUUCUAGGGACGAAAAAGAAAAUUGGCAAGCUAGAUCUCUGUUGGGGUUCUAAACGUAAGCGAACUUCAAAUGCAUGCAUUACGCUGGCUCACAGCAAUUACAAUGCUACAAUUGAAGGAGGGAUCCACAAAAGGGAUAAAGGUGUGAGGGGUGAGACAGAAAACAAAGAGCCGGCGACUCUCUCGCCGGGGAAAGAAACUUUGGGGCAUUUUCCGGCGAGCGGAGGAACGGUACCGGCGGAGAGAGAACAUCAAGAAAAUGGGAAGGCGAUUGGUGAGGUUCGAGGAGUUGCCGCCGUACCUGCAAGACAACGAGUUCAUCUUGGACCAUUACCGGUCGGAAUGGUCCGUCAAGGACGCCUUGUUGAGUGUCUUCAUGUGGCACAACGAAACCCUCAACGUUUGGACGCAUUUGGUUGGGUUUCUUAUAUUUGCGUCGUUGGCAGUUCUCGGAAGUUGUCUCUCGAGUAUCUUCAGUGCACCGGCGAUGGAGCUGUUCAUCGUCAGAAAGGAAUUCAACGGUUCUAUUCCGGCCUCCGCGGGAUUCCUGGUUCGUUUGAUUCGCAUUUGAGACACAUAUUGGUGCCAUCCAUGAUUCUGGGAGAGGAUGGCAUAGAAACGAUUCCUAGAUGGCCAUGGUUUGUUUUCUUAGCUGGAGGAAUGGGAUGCUUGGCUUUCAGUAGUCUUUCCCAUCUUCUGGCGUGCCACUCAAAGCGCUUCAACCUGUUUUUCUGGCGUCUAGAUUAUGCAGGGAUUUCUCUCAUGAUAGUGUGCUCCUUCUAUGCUCCAAUUUACUAUGUCUUCUUCUGCGAUCCAUACAUAAGGACAUUCUAUUUGACCUCAAUAUCUGUGUUUGGAGUGUUGGCCAUCGUUACCCUUCUUGCCCCUUCACUCUCUUCCCCUCACUUACGACCCUUCAGGGCAUAUCUGUUUCUUUCCAUGGGAUUUUCAGGUGUCAUUCCCGCAGUUCACGCUCUGGCAAACCAUUGGGGCCACCCACAUGUUGUUAUUGCACUCGGAUACGAGCUUCUAAUGGCCAUUCUGUAUGCCACUGGAGCUGUGUUCUAUGUUACUAGAAUUCCAGAGCGAUGGAAGCCUGGGGCAUUCGAUAUUGCAGGUCAUAGUCAUCAGAUUUUUCAUGUUUUUGUUCUUCUUGGGGCGCUUGCACACACUCAAGCCACACUGCUUGUGAUGGAAUUUCGAUGGGGGUCGCCCACAUGCCCAUUUUAG